AUGAAGGGACUUAGAUGGACUAACAGAAGUAAAAGGAAUGAGGAAAAAUCAAAGAACUCGGGCAAUAGCUCAGGUUCCGCCUUUUCAGCUGGACCAUAUUCCCAACAAAGAGGCUCGGCAAACUCAAGCAAUUCAUCUUCAUCAUUAUCCCGACCAUCCUCUUUGUCAAAACAAGCUAACAAUAUGUACAUGUCAGAUUCACAAGCUCACUCACAGCGAUCCUUGUCGUCCUCAGGCAGUAGACACGACUCGAAAACUGGCCUAGAUGAAGACUCUUUUGACUCUACUUCAGGUCAUUCUGGAAAACUUUCGACAGUCAAGAGCUCAAAUAAAGAUUCCACAUCGAGUGGUUCUGUUUCAACAACAACAUUUGCUUCGACUACUAAUGCGCUUGAUGAUUCCACGUCCGGAACACUGAUAAGCACUCUGGGAAACGAUUCUAAUAAAGUGGAAAUUUCUCAUGGUCAUUCUUCCCAACACAAACACCAUAACGUUAAUAAUACUAAUAAUAAUACUAAUACUAAUACUAAUAGCACCAAUGCUCAUAAUAACAGCAAUGCACCUGUACCAACGCUUCAAUUGAAUUCUGAUAACUUUGAUUCUAUGGUAUUUAAGACGGGUUGGGUAAAUAAAUCCCAUGGUACAAUACAAACAUCUCCAAUGAACUCAUCUUCGUCCACGUCUGUUGCAUCCCAGAGGAGCAAUCGUGAAAGUAGGGUUUAUGGUACAGAUUCUCUAUCCAUGAGUUCGCCAAGAAGUACAACCCAUUACAUGCAAGAAUAUCGCUUAUAUAAGGCUCAGUUGAAAGGCUGUGUACUCAGCCUUUACAAAUCUGGUAUCAACAAUGUGAAGUUUUUUGAUCCUUCACUUGAUCCUCCCAACACCAAACAUGAACAUGAAGACGAUCACUACUUGCCCACUCCUCCUAUAAUGGCAGAUAUAUCGUCUGGAGGGCCCAAGGAAAGUCCGCAAUCUUCUAAAUCAUCUAGUUCAAACACCUUAUCUGGGUCAAAACAGGCAUCUUCCAUAAACUCCCACUCUUCAACAGAAAGCUCACCAAACUUGUCAAAGAAUAUCAAAGAACUAAAAUAUGUUAACGACGCCUAUCCCCAUCCUAAUCUCAAAAUUGAUAAGCACGGUCAAAUUAUUUACGGAGAUGUGGAGAGUAUUUGUCAUACCAUAUUAUUUUCGGUUGACCUUGAAACGAAGAAAGCUUUGGACUUGAUUUUAAUGCUACCUCUAAUUGAAGACAUUAAAUUGCACUUCCAGUGUUUUUGCUUGUAUGGCAUCAACUUCACCAAGAAUAAUGAAAAGCUAACCAAAGACUCAAAGCAGUGGUAUAAAGUAACUCCGGCAGUUGAUGAACUAAUGACACAAAGAUUGGCCUUGGUUGUUAAAACUGUACUAGAUGUAUUCCCAGGUUUUUUAUUAGAUGAUACCACCUUCAAUCAAGUAAUACAAUUGUUAGAUGUUAUCUCAUUGCAUAAUGACGAGAUAUCGAAUUCCUUGAAAUUGACAGUAGCAGAAUAUCACAAUAAGUUAAACGAAUUGGUUGCUUUCACAAAGAAACCACUAGACCAAAAAGCGCUAUCUCAAUUUGCCGAUGUUAAAGAAUUUUUGAAACUAGACAAUGAAGUGCUGGCAGAUCAGAUUCAUUCCAUUAACCUAAGAUUUAAUAAGGUUUGGUCGCCGCAAACGGAUUAUUCUUUACUCUAUGAUUCGGUAUUCAACAAGCGCUACAUAGAUUUCAAUCCUUUGGUCUUCAAUAAUAAAACAAAUGUCCAUUACGUUAGUAGACUAUUGAUUGAACAUUUGUUUAAAAAGAUUGAUGGUGUUGCUCUACAUCCUAAGGAAAGAGCAGUUAUUCUGACAAAAUGGGUACAACUCGGAUGUACUUUUGAGAAAAUUGGAGAUAUGGUUUCAUGGUUGGCCAUCGCUACCGUUAUUUGUUCGAUGCCUAUAUUAAGGCUCUCUUUAACAUGGCAAUACAUAUCUGAACAAACACUAAAAAUUAUCUUCAAGGAUUGGGUUCCGACAAUUGUUCAGCUUGACAGGAGACAACUCUCCUAUAGAACCACGAACAGUGUGUUUAUUUUAGCUCCACCUAAUUUAAACGAGCAGUCUAUUAGGGAGAACGUCAUCCCAUAUUUUGGUGAUUUGACCAUCCAUACAAAUGAUUUAACGCCAGAUACCAUGUUCAGAUACCUUGAAAAGAAGAUUUAUAGGACUAAGAAUGCUUUUCAAAAGUGGCAACAAAGACUUCCUCCGCAUCGAAAAACUGAUUCUGACAUCCUUCAAAAGUCAUCAGAUAUUCCCUUUUAUCAUUACUUAAAUUAUCACGUCUCUCAACCCCGUUUGAACAUUGAUAGAUUAAUGGAAUUGAGUUUGAAAUUAGAGCCUCCAAUCCUAGACAAGUUUGCUCCUGCAUUGCAUGUUUCGAAGAGAAGUCCUCUACUGAGUGGAAGUUAUCUCCCUAUAUUAUUUAAUGAAGUUUUACCAAACUAUUCUCUCUUUUCUCAGAAUGCGCUCAUUGGCGCUGCAGGUGUCCAGUAUAACAGGCAAUCUGUCAUACGAAACAAUGCUAUGACUAGAUCUGGUAAAACAUUAUCUGUUAGUGGUCCUCUCGAAGUAAUGAAACCAGAUGAUAAGUCUGUCGUUACAGGACUUGAGGGUGUUGAUGAAUUGACCGUCAGAGAACUUUCCACUAAGCAAUCAAAUAAACAAAUGUUACUAAAAUCAAUCAGGGAUGUCUUCAGCAUCAAUAUGGAUCUGUUCCAUGUAUUAGAUGACCUCAGUUUCAAAUCUGUGGAAGAUUGGGAUAAAAAUUCAAGACCAACGAGUAUUGUUAUUGAGAAUCCUAAAAGAUUUUCUGUGCGGUCUUCUCGUGAUUCUCAGGAUGUGAUGAAUAGACUAAGCGUAGGAGUCGAAAACAUGGAAUUCUUCAAAAACAUUUCUAAGGAUACAGAAACAUGGGAUGAAGUUGUUAUCAAUGUCGUUCUUAAAUCUGCAUCAUUAGAUAAACUAUUUGAUGUUUUGGUUUUGACCUCUUCGGUAUUUUCGAGGUUAGUGACAAUCAGUGACAUCUCUGCCUACUUCAAGAAUCAUCAAGAAAAAUUCAAUGAUGGGACUGGUACUGGAUUAUUAGACUAUGGAGUGGUAAAGCUUUGUAUGGACAAUGAUUUGUAUACUAAAACCUUUUUCAGUACCUAUAGAAGUUUCACUACUACGGUAUCAUUAUUAGAAAAUCUAGCGAAACGUUUUAUUGGUGCUAAGAGUUGUGCAAUUUCGAUUGAAAAAAUGGUCAAGCAUGAAAGUGAUAAAAAGAAAAAUGGUGAAGAGCCAAACUCUCCUAAUUACAAAUUCCCCUGUUGGGAUACUUCUGCUGCAUCUGAAUUUGAUACACCCCAUUUCGUUCACGCUGCUAAGAUUCAAAUAGGAACUGCUGAAGCCUUGUUUUAUCUAAUAAAGGAACAUUACUCUGAUUUUAAUGACGACUUGCAUAACAGUAAGUUGCUUUUGGAUAUUAUAAAAAUCAUGGAUCAAGAAGUUAUUGAUGAAUGGGAAUCCAGGAUAUCAUCCCUUUCAAGCCGUGCAGAAGAAUCUGUUGAGCAAAAACAACUUUUGGCUGAAUUAGAAUUACUUCAUGCUAAAUUGAAGGACAUCCUACAAAAGAUUAAACUGUCAUAUCAGAGGCAAUUGUAUCGACCAGUUGGUGUCAGUAGACACAAUAGGAAUACUAUGAAGAUUCUAAACUCUUUCACUACUCUAACUAUGGAAGAUCUCAACAAACUUAUUUAUGAGAACUCGUAUGAUGACUCUAUGAUUAGUUCUUUCCAAAAGCUUAAAGCAGAUUCGUAUAGUGAUAUUCUAAAGUGGAUGUACAAACUGGAUGAUUUGACUCUAUCUCAUUUGAAGCUAGCUACAGUAAAAGAAUGGAUGAUGGUUGCUCAACUAUUAGAGGGUUUCUCUUAUGAGUCUUUAACAUCCUUGUUCAGGUACCCACAAUUAGAACAAAAUUAUUCCCAGAUUAUUUCAGGAAAAGCACAGAUUGAAGACCUUGAAAUAAUGAAUAUCUUUACUUGGCUUGUUUCCUUAAAAGGUGUGAACAAUGAGUUGUUCGUAAAAAGACUUCCUUAUUCCAUUCAACUCAUAAUUAAUCUCCAUAUCUCACUAACGAAUUUCUUUAUCAUUCAAAUCGCUCAACUAGAAAAAACAUAUGAAUCACGUUUAGAAACUUGUACCAUUCUCUUGCAAAUGCUGGGCUUUGCACGUUGGAAAAAUAAUUCGAUCGAUCUUUUCCAGACCAAUUUAGAAACAGAUUCAAAAUUAUCUCCUCACUUACCUUCUUUCUUAGAGUCAGCUCUUUUGAAUGCAAUUCUCUCUCCUGAGUCGCGUAAAUUUGAACUUUCGUGGAAACAUGCCGCUGAAAACUUAGAUGGGUCGUCCUCUUUAAAGUCGAUUAACAAUAUCCUAGAUUGUACGGAAACCAGUAUAAAAAAUUUCAUUGAAUUUGAUGGAAUCGAAUCUAAACGGAAAAACUUUUGUCCAUGUCCUGGAUGGUUCAUUGGGAGACUAUUAGAGAUAUCCCAGUUAGUCACCAAUAUGAGUAUAGAGAACUCAAAGUUAAUCAAUUUCGAUAAAUGCCGCUUCACUUUCAAUCUUGUACUAAACUAUCAACAAUUGUUACUUAUUGAUGAUCAAGACGAGCACCCUGAACCCUCAAACUUCGGAUCAUCUUUGAAUCAUCUUGUAGUUGACCCCCUUCAUAGUUUCCGGACUAGGGCCAAAGAAUUGGCGGCAAAUGAGAUGAAAUUGAUGAAAUAUCAAGUACGUGGUGUGUUUAAUGAGGUCUUAAUAGCGGAAAUGCAUAAGAUAAAGAGGGAACAGAAAAAGAGGGAACACCUCAAUUCACAAGAAAAAGAACAAAAGAGGUCUCAGUCUUUGCAGGAAGUAAUGAAGCAAAAAACUAUUGAUAUGCAAACCUCAUUACUUUCACAAGUUCAAAAUCAACCUCAAAAUCACUCCGCACAGAGUCGUGUAAAGAGAUCUUCGGUUGCUAACAAUUCAAGAAAUUCUGUUCUUUAUAAUGCGGCUAGUAGUGGAAAUGGCGUAGGACGAAAGAUAGGUGGCUUUUUCAAGAGGCCAUUCUCUAUAGGUGGGUUUUCCUCUUCCGUCUCUUCGAAUGGUAUAAAUUCCAUGUUGAUUAACUCCAUUCAUAAUAAUGGUUCUGUUGCCCCAAUUGAUUUACCUAGGAUAAACAAAGAGGAAAUUAACGAUCAGAAACCGAUUCUCUCAUUGAAAACCUUUGAUAUUAAGAAAUGCAUUGAUGUGAGUAGUUUCUCGAAUGAUCCAUCGAUGAUAUACUGCUUCAAGAUUGUUAUGGAGAACGGUCAAGAGCAUUUGAUUCAGGCGAUUGAUUAUCAUGACUUAUGCUUAUGGAUAAAAAACAUCACACUCUCUAAACGCUAUUCUUUCCACUCCAGGAAAUAUAAAGGCAAGACUUCUAACAAAGUGUUCGGUGUUCCUAUUGAAGAUAUAUGUGAAAGAGAAGGAACACUGACACCAACCAUAGUGCAUAAGCUUUUAGAGGAAAUAGAACUGCGAGGUUUAGAUGAAGUUGGUUUAUACCGUGUUCCUGGUUCCGUUGGAAGUAUCAAUAUGCUUAAAAAUGCAUUUGAUGAUGAAGGUGCUGUAAAUAAUGUUUUUACAUUGGAGGAUGAUCGCUGGUUUGAAAUCAAUACAAUCGCAGGAUGUUUCAAGCUAUAUUUAAGAGAAUUGCCCGAGUCACUCUUUACUAAUGAAAGGUUACCGGAAUUUCUCCAAUUGGUGGAACAAGUCCAUUCUGAUCUAAUAUCUGAGGAUGAAUUUGAUGAGUUGAUGAGGGAAAAGUUAAGAACGCUUCCAAUUUACAACUAUCAUAUGAUAAAAAGAAUCUUCCAACAUUUGCAUAAGGUGCAUGCCCAUAUGGAUACCAACCGUAUGGAUGCUAACAAUCUUGCGAUUGUUUUUUCCAUGAGUUUCAUCAAUCAAGAUGAUUUGGCCAAUAGUAUGGGACCAAGUUUAGGUUUGUUGCAGAAUCUUCUGCAAAGAUUUAUCAGAGAUCCUGACAUUUAUUUCGUGUAUGAAUAG